UCCGCAGGUCAAGGAGAUCUGGGGACCACCUGGGGCCUUCAGCCCUCCCCCUCCCGGCUGGGGUAGUGCCCAGUCCAGUGCCCCUUCCACGGCCACCUCCCUCCUCCUAGCUGUGUGGGGGCAUGAAUCAGCUCUCACAGCUUGUUAAAAGCUGGACCUCUUGUUUUCAUGCCCUCACCUCAGGAAACGGAGUUACAGCCUGUCCAGUUCUACUCAGCAGGGGGCCAGGGUCCUCACUUUAUAAACAUCGCCAGCCUGUAAGAGCAGAGGGCACUGCCAUGGUAUGAGACAGGAGCCCAAGGAGAGAGAAACCCAGGAGUCAAGGAGCAAGGCAAGGAAAGCAAGGGGAUCCGGCCAGAGGAAUCUGAACACACGCCAAGAAGGGUCUGAGAGCUGAGCUGCAGGAAUGGCACUAAGGAUGCUCUGGGCUGGACAGGGCAAGGGGAUCCUGGGAGGCUGGAGGAUCUUCGGCUUGCUGGUGUCUCUGCUCCUGCAGCACCCGGGAGUUAACAGCAAGUGUUACUUCCAAGCUCAAGCCCCCUGCCACUAUGACGGGAAGUAUUUCACUCUGGGUGAAUCCUGGCUCCGCAAGGACUGUUUCCAUUGUACCUGUCUGCAUCCUGUUGGUGUGGGCUGCUGUGACACGUCUCAGCAUCCCAUUGACUUCCCCGCUGAGUGUGAAGUACGCCAGGAGGCAGGAACCUGUCAGUUCUCUCUGGUGCAAAAAUCUGACCCUCGGCUGCCCUGCAAAGGGGGAGGACCCGACCUAGAAUGGGGCUCAGCUAACACCCCUGUUCCUGGGGCUCCUGCUCCCCACUCCAGCUAAAGGAUCACCCAUCCGCUGACUGCUCACUGCUGCUGCCACUUCCAGGGAAACCACUAGCAGCUGCCAAUUUACUCUGAAUAAAUAAAUCAAUGCCACAGCUGAAA